AUCCUCGCCCCGAUGGUCGGCGGCAGCGAGCUGGCCUUCCGGCUCCUCGCUCGGCGGCACGGCGCGCAGCUAUGCUACACGCCGAUGAUCCGGUCCGAGGAGUUUGCCGUCCCACUGCUGGAGCGCCACGCCGACGACUGCCCGCUGGUCGCCCACUUUUCGGGCAACGACCCGCAGACGCUGCUCGACGCUGCAAGGCAGGCCGAGCGCUGCCGCGGCGUGGUGGCGGUCGACCUCAACCUCGGCUGCCCUCAGCGCGCCGCGCGGAGCGGCAGGUUUGGUGCCUUUCUG